CCUUGUCGCAGUUGCUAUUCCUUGCUAAACAAUAAUCAGAAAAUUGAUAUAACCAACUAUUUUUAUCUUUUUUCAUAGAAAUUACUGCCUACGUUAAUAUUAACAUAAAUUAUAUACAGGGUAGUCUAUUCUGAUAAUGUGAUAUUUAAGUGAACCCAUGGCUUCCAAUGUGCAGGAUUCUUCCGUCACCCAACAGACUUUCGUAGAGGAAAUAGAUUACAAUGAAAUUCAGGAGUUGCAGGUGGUCGGGAAAGGAGCGUUCGGCGUGGUGUGGAAAGGUCUUUGGCGAAACACAUUCGUGGCUGUUAAACAUAUCAAUUCGGAGGCUGAAAAACGGGAGUUCGCUAUCGAAGUGAGGCAGCUGUCGCGAGUAUCACACCCUAAUAUCGUGAGGCUGUAUGGUGCUUGUACAAAAGGUGCUCAUGUAUGCCUUGUUAUGGAAUAUGCGGAAGGGGGCUCUUUGUACAACGUUCUACAUGUUCGUCCCAAACCUAAAUACACAGCAGCUCACGCGAUGAGCUGGGCUAGACAAUGUGCUGAGGGUGUAGCUUAUCUUCACGCAAUGAAACCAAAGCCGUUGAUACAUAGAGAUCUUAAACCACCAAAUUUGUUGCUCGUUGCUGGAGGUCAGAAGCUAAAAAUAUGUGAUUUUGGUACUGCCGCUGAUAAAGCUACUUACAUGACAAAUAACAAGGGAAGUGCUGCUUGGAUGGCCCCAGAGGUUUUUGAAGGGUCUUCAUAUACUGAGAAAUGUGAUGUGUUUUCAUGGGGCAUAAUCUUGUGGGAGGUGCUGUCAAGAAGGAAACCUUUUGAGGAGGGAGGAUCAGCAUUUAGAAUAAUGUGGGCUGUGCAUACAGGUCAGAGACCGAAUUUAAUAGAGGGAUGUCCGGAGCCAAUAGAGCAGCUAAUGACUCAGUGCUGGGACAAGGUGCCGGCAGAGAGACCCAGCAUGGCAAAGGUGGUGGAAAUCAUGGUAGCUUUAUGUCAAUUUUUUCCUGGUGCUGACACCCCAAUUAACUUUGAUGACCUUGAAGAGGACGAUGAGAGCAUAGAAGACAACUACAUGAUGUACGAAACUCGGGACAGCUUUGAGGAUACUGAUGCAGAGAGUAUCCCGCAUAGUAACAACCCGUUACACUAUACAGAUGAUACGUCGUCCAAUGUGACUUACAGGAAUACAGGAAAACCAGUCUCACCGAGACCACAAAGUUUCGUUGAGACUCAAGUCAGCAAACUACAAAAUCUGUUAGCCGGAGAGAGCCAACCAAAACCGAUGGUAGCUAAGGAUGAAGCCGAUAUCCAAAGAAUAGGUGCUGUGAAAAUUCCGCAACCAUUCAAAAAGCCUGAUAUGCAUUUAGAAGCUGGCAGGUCCCCAAUUAUAAAUAGGACUUCGAGCUCACCAGCACCAUCUGAGAAUCAUUAUAUGCCGAGCGAAGGUAGCACUCCUCAGGAUACUUUGAGAGUAUUCCGAAGCCCAGUGGUGUUCACUGAAAGUUCCUCGCCGAGGUUAUCACCAAUAGUCAACUAUAACAUUGGUAACAUGAAUCCUCGUCAUAUAGAUAUAGAUUUCCUAAACAGGGACAAUGAUAAGCUAUCCCCAUCAAGGACUCCGUCAGCUCUGAGCAAUUCAAACUCGACUAGGAAGGAAGAUUUUAACCAAAACUACUGUGAUAGACUAAGCAGCGCGAACAGUCCUAUGAUGCAUGAGUACAAUGGAAACUCGCCGCAUGGGAUGCCUGUGGAUGCUCGGUAUCAAACGCCGUUGCAAAUUCAAGUUGAUCCAAACGCGUGGGAGCUCAAAGACCUCAAUGACCCAAUGAACUACGAUGGGUACUUAGAAGUGAGGAACACACAGGGCUUCGACAAGUUCAUCACUGGCGGUAACAGCAGCGCGUCAGCCGGCGAGGGUACAGCGCCCGCGCCGGAACCGGAUCCGGACCUUGACUCCAUGCACAUGAUGCUGGACCCACAUUUGAGGCCGAUCUCGCCUGACCUCACCAACGACGAGAGCAAACGCAUCUUCGACGAGCACAAGCAGCUCGCCCAGGAGUACCUCAAGAUUCAGACCGAGUUGGCUUACCUGAACAAGCACAAGUCGGAGUUGGAGGAACAGAUGGACGAUGAGGAGUUGAGGCAGAAGAGAGAGAUUAUACAGCUCGAGAAUGAGAAGGACUCAUUAAUAAAAUUAUACAGCACGCUUAAGAAACAACUGGCGAGAACGGACAACGAGAGUUGGCUACUACCGGAGGAGUUGCCGCACGAGUGACGCCGCGAGUGUGCACGCACCUUUACGGGGCGCAGUAUGCACGUACCUUAAUGUGCUCGCACCUUCACUAUGGUGUUGUGUAUUUUACCUUUACGACGUGCGCAGUGUGCACAAUUCUGACAAAGACAUUUCCAAUUAGGUGAAAGAAUUGUGAAGAAGUUGAGGAUGGCUAUGAGUUCCCUUCAUGAAACACGUCAUUUGUGUUUUGUAUUGAAUGUAGCACUAAUUCAAUUAGUAAACUGACUACGC